GACUGGCCUAGUAAAUGAAGCUUCCCCUGUUCAUUCCCAACAGACCAAACUCUCUCUCUCUCUCUAACAGUGAAAGGAAAAGUCCUCUGUUAUGGUUCAUGGAGUUUUCCUUCUGAGGUAGGACCAAGCUUCCUCAAAUUGUCUCAUUUAUCUACUUUUCGUGUGAAUCACACAUUUGGGUUCUGUUCAACUUCUUCUUUUGGAUGAUAGACAACCACUUUCUCAAAACGAUUCUGCCUCUUUCUUUGUUGCAUAAGUGAAUUUUGAAGUUGGGGUUCUGCUGGUUCGGGGUUUAUAUCUCUUGAUAAUGCCUAAUCCUGACCUGGGCAAGCAAGAUCAGAGGAAAAAUUCCGUCAUGGAGGACUCACGUACAAUGACUAUUGACUACCUUCGGGCAAGGUUGCUGUCAGAAAGAUCUGUCUCAAGAAGUGCAAGACAGAGAGCUGAUGAAUUGGCGAAAAGGGUAACAGAAUUGGAGGAACAGCUAAAGAUUGUGUCUCUUCAAAGAAAGAGAGCUGAGAAGGCAACAGUAGAUGUUCUGGCCAUUCUGGAAAACCAAGGUUUAAGUGAUGUUUCUGAAGAAUAUGAUUUGAGCUCAGACCAAGAAACCCCUUAUGAAUCCAAAGUGGGUAAUAAUUCUACAAAAGAAGAGGAUAGCUCUAUCAAUUCAAAAGUCAGCAGAAACAAAUCAGAGGAAUUUUCAGGUUCUGACCUCGAUUCUUCCCCAGUACGUGGUAGAAGCUUGUCUUGGAAAGGCCGUAAUGAUUCCCCACGUUCUCUUCAGAAGUACAAGAACUCUUCAAUGAGAAGAAGUAGUGUAACUUCCACGCGUUCUUUUUCCCCAAAACACUCCGUAGGUAAAUCAUGCCGCCGGAUAAGACGCAGUGAGGCUGGGUCUAUUGUUGAGGACUUUAAAACAGAGCCUGUCAAGGGUGGUUGUGAAGAAAAUGGAGUGGCAACCCAUUCAGAAGGUUUUACAAUUUGCACAGAUGGUGGGCUGAAAGAAGGUUCUAAAAUCCAGGAGAACGUUUUGCUGGAUGGUGCACUGCCAGGUUUCUUAGAAAAUCAGAAAAAUGUUGGAAAUAAUGGCCUUGAUUGUAAUGAAUAUGGAGGAGACAAAGACAUGGAGAAAGCACUAGAAGAUCAAGCACAACUCAUUGGCCGAUAUGAAGCAAUGGAAAAAGCUCAAAGGGAAUGGGAAGAGAAGUUCCGAGAAAAUAACAGCAGUACACCGGAUUCAUUCGAUCCUGGGAACCACUCGGAUACUACUGAGGAAAGAGAUGAGGUCAAUCCACAAGCUCCAUAUCCUGCUGAGACAGUUGCCUCCAAUGCCCAAGAUGAGGUCAAGCCACAAGCUCCAUAUACUACUGAGGCAACAGGUGUUGGCUUCUCUAAAGAACUGCCCAAAACCAAGCCCAAUGGUGUUCCACCACCUUUGCAUAUGGGAGGUACACAGAAUCAGAAUGCCAGUAGUAGCUUUGCUUCUGAACCUGUGGCUCAGGAAUCUGCACUCCCUACGAACAAGUGGAAGCAAAAUCAAGAGAGCGUAGGAAGGCAUCAACCUUCAUUUAGCUCCCAUCAUGAGCCACAUUCAGGAAGGCAUCAGCCUUCAUUUAGCUUCCAUCAUGAGCCGCAUUCACGGGGAUCCCCUGGAAACCAGUUAGCACAUUCGUCUUCAUCUGAUGUGGGCAGUAGUUUCCAAAAAGGAAAUAGUUCAGCAAGCAGAAACGACCUUUAUGCAUUGGUGCCGCAUGGACCAUCUGACGGUUUGGGUAGUGUGCUGGAGGCACUUAAACAAGCAAGGGUAUCACUGGAACAGAAAAUGAAUCGAGUGCCUUUAAUUGAAGGUGCAUCUGUUGGUAAAGCUGUUGAACCUUCUGUACCUGCCACAAACACUGGGAACUCGAUGGAGAUUCCUGUUGGAUAUGCUGGGCUUUUUAGGCUGCCAACAGAUUAUUUGAUUGAAGCCAGUACCCAGGCCGAGUUCCUCGGUUCAGGUUCAGGCUCAGGUACAUCAAACUAUGCAUUAACUGCGGGUGAUCGAAUAGGCACCAGUCCUUACUUCGAGACUAGGUCUAGUAUUUCUACCUCUGAUCCGUAUCUCCCUAGCCAAUAUGGGACGACCUUGUCAAGAGUUUAUACUGAGAGGCCGCAAUUUGAUUCUUACUUGGAUACAAUCAAAUCCUCUUCCAGUAGAUACACCAAUCCGACCUAUCCCACGUAUCCCGUCAAUGCCACUUAUCCCUCGUAUCGAUCCUAUCCUGAGUUGCUGCCACAGAUGCCUUCUAAUGAAGGAUUUCCGCGAAGCUUUUCUAGUAGGGCAGUUGGGGUACCUCCGGCUCCCGCAGAUAACUAUUUUUAUGAUGAUCAUAUUAGACCAAAUAUGUAUAGAUAGUAUCAUGCCAUUGAAGUUCUGUUAGGUUAUUAAAAGUAGAGCUUCACCAAGAUUACAGUAUACAGGUUUUGUAGUGUAAUAUGUUGUUGUAAUGAUGUGCCUCUAGGAAACAUUAUGUGUACACUGUAUUUGGUUCUGUGAGUGGAAGUGAAACAGAGCUUGUAAAGAGGAGGAACCAUAUUCUUUUUUCUGUAUCUCACACAUAUCUUU